CUGACACUAUACAACUACUCCAAGCAACACUCACUCACAUGAAAUUAAUACUCUUAAUUCCAAUUAGUCACUGCACAAACCCACUCGUUAAUCUUAAAUUAAUCAUAUUUACCUUCCCAAAUCUCAAUUAACACAAAACAAGUCAAACACAACACAGUGUGAGUGAGUUACACUUACACACACUCUGUGUCUGAGCUUAGCAGAAGAAGAAGAAAACCAAAGAAAGAAACUAAACCAAACCAAAUGGGUUUCACAUUCAGCACCAUGACUCUGAAUCUCCUUCUCUUAAUAGCAAUGGUAGCCACCAACAUUCUCUCCCUCUACCACCUCUCCACAACCCUCCAAUCUCCCAAAUCCUCCCCAAAACCACUCCCACAAAUCCCCGACGAACUCCUCCGUCAACUCCACACCAUACGCGCCACCAUCAACCACCUCACGCGCCUCCAAGACACCAACCCCAAUCCCAGCACCAAAUCCUCAAUCCCUUCAGAUCUAUUACUCUACUCCCACCUCUCUCCAAUUGCUUCAUCCUGCCACAAUCACCCUGAUCUUCUUCACAAGUACAUGACCUACACACCGUUCUCUCUUUGCCCCUCCGAUUCCGAACUCGCUGAAUCGCUAAUUCUUCGCGGUUGUCACCCUCUCCCUCGCCGCCGUUGCUUCUCUCCGACGCCGAAGAAGCAAACUCCGUCGAGCUCGUUUCCUCAUAACCCUUUCCCAUCUUCCCUCCCUGAUUCAUCCGUCAUUUGGGAUCGUUACUCAUGCAAAUCCUUCGAUUGUCUCAACCGUCAAAACCCUAAUCUCGGAUUCCAACCCUCUCGUGAAACUUCCAAGUUUACUUCCUACACUUCCGACUUGGAUCUACCUGUUCAACAGCUUAUCCAGAUCGCGAAAUCGGCGAAAUCGGUUCUCCGUCUUGGCCUCGACGUCGGCGGAGGUACAGGAUCGUUCGCGGCAGCGAUGAAGCUCCGGAAUGUUACUGUGGUGACAACUACCAUGAAUGUUGUGGCGCCUUACAGUGAGGCUGUUGCGUUGAGGGGACUUGUGCCACUUCAUGUGCCGUUGCAGCAGAGGCUGCCGAUUUUCGAUGGUGUUGUGGAUAUUGUUCGGUGUGGGCGUGCGGUGAAUAGGUGGAUUCCGGUGACGAUGUUGGAGUUUUUGUUGUUUGAUGUUGAUAGAGUGUUGAGAGGUGGAGGGUAUUUGUGGUUGGAUCAUUUUUUCAGUAAGGGUGUGGAUCUUGAGAAAGUUUAUGCGCCUUUGAUUGGGAAAUUGGGGUACAAGAAGGUGAAGUGGGCGACGGGGAAUAAGACGGAUGCCGGUGGUGUCAAGAAUGGGGAGGUUUACUUGACUGUGUUGCUGCAGAAGCCUCUCUCAAGAUGAGGGUCACAUUCAAAGUUUGAAAUAUGCUGCAAGGAAGAUUAACAUGCUGGUUGAUCCCGUUUUAAUGGAGAGCUUAAUGAAGCUGUUCUAAUGUACAAUGUGAUUCAUCAUCUCAAUGUUGUAAGAAAACAAUCAACAGAUGGGAAGAAAGCUAGAAGGAAGACAGGGACAGGUGCAUAUCCGUGUAAACUUGGGGAACUGGUGGAGGAAAAUAGUAUUUAGGAUCGUUUUUGCUUCUUCUUUUAUUAAGUUAAAUAAUGAAUUAAAUAAAUAAUGUUAUCCCAAUUCUCAAUUAUUUGUUUCGAAAUAAAUUCAAGAUGUGUCAUUAAAUGGAA